AUGAGAAAACCCAGAUCGGUUCUUUUUGUUGGGUUUGGGAGUGAGUGUAAACUCAACAAAGAAGAAAUUCACGAGAUCGCUCAUGGGCUUGAGAAAUCGGAGCUUCCAUUUUUGUGGGCUCUGAGAAAACCCACUUGGGCAAUUGAAGAUCUCGAUUCUGUGCCGAUUGAAUUCACUGAUCGGACAUUGGAGAGAGGGAGAGUGAGCUUCGGACGGGCACCGCAGAGAGAGAUUCUGGAACACCCAUCAAUCGGAGGGUCUCUGUUUCACGCAGGUUGGGGAUCGGUGAUUGAAACACUGCAAUUUGGACACUCGAUGGUGGUUCUUCCAUUGAUAAUCGAUCAGGGUUUGAAUGCGAGGUUGAUGGUUGAAAAGGGUUUGGCGAUUGAAGCGGAGAGAAGUGAAGAUGGGUCGUUUAGCAGAGACGACAUAGCUAAGGCUCUGAAACUAGCUAUGGUGUCCAAGGAAGGAGAUGAAAUGAGAGCUCAGUUGAGAGAAGCGGCGAUGAUGGCUGGACAUCAGAAACUGCAUGAUGGUUAG